GCACAGGUGAUGAAGGACGAGGCGGGCCGGCCGUUCAUCAUCGUCCGCGACCAGGGCAAGAAGAAGCGCCAGCACGGCAACGACGCGGUCAAGUCGCACAUCCUGGCGGCGCAGACGGUCGCCAACCUCGUCAAGACGUCGCUGGGCCCCCGCGGACUGGACAAGAUCCUCAUCUCGCCCGACGGCGACAUCACCGUUACCAACGACGGCGCCACGAUCCUCUCGCAGAUGGAAAUCUCCAACCACGUCGCGAAGCUGCUCGUCGAGCUGUCCAAGUCGCAGGACGACGAGAUUGGCGACGGCACCACGGGCGUCGUCGUCCUGGCCGGCGCGCUGCUCGGCCAGGCCGCCGACCUCAUCGACAAGGGCAUCCACCCGAUCCGCAUCGCAGACGGCUACGACCAGGCCUGCGAGGUCGCCGUCGCCCGCCUGGACGAAAUCAGCGACGAGAUCCGCUUCGACAGGGACGACACCACGGAGCUGUUCCGCGUCGCCCGAACGAGUCUCGGCUCCAAGAUUGUCUCCAAGGCCCACGACCAGUUUGCCCAGAUCGCCGUCGACGCCGUCCUGUCGGUCGCCGACCUCGACCGGCGCGACGUCGACUUUGAGCUGAUCAAGGUCGACGGCAAGGUCGGCGGCUCCAUGGAGGACACGCUGCUCGUCAAGGGCGUCAUCAUCGACAAGGACUUUUCCCACCCGCAGAUGCCCUCCGAGGUCCGCGACGCCAAGCUCGCCAUCCUCACCUGCGCCUUUGAGCCCCCGAAGCCCAAGACCAAGCACAAGCUCGACAUCACCUCUGUCGACGAGUUCAAGAAGCUGCAGACGUACGAGGCCGACAAGUUCACCGACAUGAUUGCCCAGAUCAAGGCCACGGGCGCCAACGUCGUCAUCUGCCAGUGGGGCUUCGACGACGAGGCCAACCACCUGCUGCUGACCAACAAGCUGCCCGCCGUGCGCUGGGUCGGCGGCCCGGAGAUUGAGCUGAUCGCCAUUGCCACCAACGGCCGCAUCGUCCCGCGCUUCGAGGACCUCAGCGCCGAGAAGCUCGGCCACGCCGGCAUCGUCCGCGAGCUCACUUUUGGCACAACACGCGACAAGAUGCUGGUCAUUGAGGAGUGCGCCAACACCCGCGCCGUCACCGUCUUUGUCCGCGGCUCCAACAAGAUGAUCAUCGACGAGGCCAAGCGCUCGCUGCACGACGCCCUCUGCGUGGUCCGCAACCUGGUGCGCGAUAGCCGCAUCGUCUACGGCGGCGGCGCCGCCGAGAUUGCCUGCUCGCUCGCCGUCGAGGACGCCGCCGUCAAGAGCCCCGGCCUCGAGCAGUACGCCAUGCGCGCCUUUGCCGACGCCCUCGACCAGGUCCCCAUGGCCCUUGCCGAGAACUCUGGCCUGAGCCCGAUUGAGACGCUGGCCAACAUCAAGUCGCGACAGGCCAAGGAGAAGAACACGCGGCUAGGCGUCGACUGCAUGCAGACUGGAAGCAACGACAUGAAGGAGCACUUUGUCAUCGACCCCCUGAUCUCAAAGAGGCAACAGCUGCUGCUCGCCACCCAGCUGUGCAGAAUGGUGCUCAAGAUCAACAACGUCAUCAUCGCUGGCGGCGACGACGACUACUAGACUUGUUGAUGUCGUGUGGAUGCCACCGUCGACCAACGUCACAUGCAAAAAUACCGCCCCGCAACCGACUGCGACGUCACGGGGCCGAGGAGCUCGCGAGCUGAACAGAAGAGGCAAGGGUGUACAGAACAGAAGAGGCACGAUGUGACGAUCAAAAGCUAGCAAGCGAUACCACAUAGACCAAGGAAUGAAACAAGUAAACAACACGGCCAA